GGGUAUUUGUGUAGUAUUUUAAAUCUAAAGAAGAUGUUUUGUCUGUUCUUUCUUUUUUUUCUCAACUUGAUUUCUUUCCAGAACAUCAAUGCGAUGCUGCUUUUCAGACGCUGCCACAGCCUAACUCGACUUGGCCCUCUCAACACUCAAAGGCAUCAGGUGGCACCUGCUGUGGUAUCGUGUGCAGUUCGUCUCUGCAGCAGCAGCAGCAGCAGCGAGGACCACAGAUCGCACCAGCAUGUCCACAGCGUCAGCUGGAAACAUGGCUUGGCAGGGCUGCUGGCUGGUACAGGGGCUGUCCUGGCUUAUGGCCUGCACCAUCACAAGGCUGAGCGGGCAGACAUUGGAGUGCAGACUAUAGAGAAGAGCUCCUCUCUUCCCGUCUUCAGCCAAGAGGAAGUUACAAAACACCGUUCCCUGGAAAAUGGCAUCUGGGUCACUUACAAAGGCGGCGUCUACGACAUCACUGAGUUUGUGGCCAUGCACCCUGGAGGAGAUAAAAUCUUGUUGGCAGCAGGUGGUGCCCUUGAACCAUUUUGGGCGCUGUAUGCUGUACACAACCAGGAACAUGUCCUGGAAAUCCUCUCGGAAUAUAAGGUUGGUGAGCUGAGCCUAGAGGACCUAAAGAAGCAGCAGGCUGUUAAAUCAUCUGACCCCUACUCCUCUGACCCAGAACGUCACCCUGUCCUGCACAUCAACAACCUGAAGCCCUUCAAUGCUGAGCCGCCUCCUGAAAUCCUCUCUGACAGCUACAUCACGCCCUCCGCCUUCUUCUUCAAAAGAAACCACCUGCCCGUUCCUCAGGUGGACCCGGCCUCAUAUCAGCUGCAUGUGGAGGGUCUGCCUGGAGGAACUCUGACGCUGUCUUUAGAAGACUUGAAGACACGAUUCCCCAAGCACACCAUCACUGCUACACUGCAGUGUGCAGGUAACCGCCGUAGUGAAAUGAAUAAGGUGAAGCAGGUGAAAGGACUGAACUGGGGCAUAGCUGCCAUCAGUAACGCCACAUGGAGCGGCGCUCUGCUCAGGGAUGUGCUGCUGGCCGCUGGUUACAAGCCAGAUGUGGCCCAGUGGGCACGCCAUGUUCAGUUUGAAGGACUGGAUACAGAUGUGACGGGGACUACGUACGGUGCUUCAAUCCCUCUAAACAAGGCAGUCAGCGAGGAAGGUGAUGUGCUUCUGGCAUACCAAAUGAACGGCGAGGAUAUUCCCCCCGACCACGGCUUCCCCGUCCGGGUGGUGGUACCAGGCACCGUGGGCGCACGCAAUGUGAAGUGGCUGGGUAAGAUCGUAGUGAGUGCAGACGAGAGCAGCAGCCACUGGCAGCAGAACGACUACAAAGGUUUCUCUCCCGGGACGGACUGGGACACAGUGGACUUCAAAUCCGCUCCAGCCAUCCAGGAGCUGCCUAUCCAGUCUGCUAUCACCACGCCGGCAGACAGCGCCGAGAUCGAUCGCAGCGAGGAAACACUGACGGUGAAGGGCUACGCGUGGAGCGGCGGCGGCAGAGAGGUGGUACGUGUAGAUGUCUCUCUGGACGGAGGAAAGACGUGGCAGGUGGCCCAGCUGAGGAGCGGUGACAAGGGACAAGCCCCCGAACCGUCACCUCCGACGGGACGAGCCUGGGCCUGGAAGCUGUGGGAGAUAACGGCCCCUCUUCCUCCCGAUGCUCGAGAGCUGGAGAUCGUUUGCAAAGCAGUUGACAACAGUUACAACAUGCAGCCGGACACGGUUCCUCCAAUCUGGAAUCUGAGAGGCGUGCUGAGCAACGCCUGGCACAGAGUGACGGUGAAGAUCAGAGAGGAUGAGAGUGAGGAAUAGACUCAGUGGCUGAAUCCACUUUUAGAAUUCAAAGAGGUUUUACAUCUAACAGAGUCAUCACAGAGUGGACUAUAUUUUAAGUGUGUUUCUUGGACUCAGCAGAAAAAAAAAACACAGGAAAAAGGAAAUGAAACAGUUUUAUAAACAGAUAUUUUGAAGUAUUUUUGUCACUCAGCCUUUAAAGUAUUUAUACAAUCAUGUUGCCUGUGAGAUUUGAAAGAUUCGCAGCAGUUCAUCCUUAGGAGGAAGCUAAAAAGGCUGCAAAUGACAACAACCAAAACAUUUCUGUUAUAUUUAGUAAUGCGUUAUGCUCAGUCUUAACUGAAAAUGUGGUUCAGUUGUGUCAUUGUGAAGUCUUUAUGGAAAACAUUUAUUUUUGUAAUCAGUGAGUAUGUUGAAAAGGGUUGAAUUAAUUUUAUGAUUAACAUGGGACAUAAUUUAUAACACUGAUUUUAUAUAAUUAUUUUAAAUCUAAUAGGAAUGUAGAGGAGAGGUACGUUUAACAUAGAGUUAUUGUUUUAAAUCAAGAGAGCGUUCACUGUACUGAACACAACAGCUGGCUGCUGGAGCGUAGGAUCAAGCUGGAAUAUUUAAAACAUAGGAGUGUUGCUUCAUCUGCUGCUUUAUUUUUGCUCAUCAAUAACCUCUGCAGGUGAGAUGCUAAUAAUAUGGCUUUUUAAUGAAGAAUUUCAAGUAAUUUAAAGGAGAUUUAGCAGCAGUAACUGUCAGUAGAUCUGCCCUUCACUGUUUCAGCGGCGAUAUGAAGUGAAGAUCUAACUGAAGUCCAGCUGUGUUUAUGCUGCAACACUACAGCACAUUGCACAAGUCUGAGCUCUGCUUGACCACAGUUCUGACCUGUUCUGUCUCCGUGCUCUGGCAUUUAGUGUAAGGAGAGGCCAGAACGAAGCAGGCAUAUAGAGAAAAGUGGCAGGAGCUAACUUGAUUUAUCUGUAAGACCAGAAAAACAACAGCAGCACAAGUUUGAACCUAAUUAUUCACCUUUUUAAUUUUUUUUGUUUGUUUGUUUGUUUUAAAAACCGGAGUAACUGCAGAGCUUUUCCAAAAAGGAGCCUGCUUUCAUGGUCAAAGAAAUAUGCAGUCAGACCACUGUUAAAUUAUUCAAGUCAUAUUGGCGAUUCCUGUCAUGUCAGCAACACCUAUGAUAUGCACAUGGAUUACACUACAUAUUCUGAAUGUGUGGUUACUGUAAAAUUUCCGUUAGUGUUGAUGAUGAAUAAAGACCUCUAAUUUUACACUCACUUACUUCUGCUGAUUCAGUUGCUUCUUAGUGCUAAAACUGUUCCGUGUCAUGCAGCACGUCUUAGAUUAGCUCUUGUUUUGUCAUCAGAUAACUGGAGUCCAGACUGGCAAACAAAUGUAAUCAGAUUGUUUCUCUUAAAGAUUUAUUUUAAAGGACAGACUAAAAUAUUACUUAUAAACAUACUCUAAGUUUAUUAUUGUCAAAAUCAUACCCAGCUUUUUUGCAUUAAUUAGAACAACAAAAGAAUAUAAUAGAAAUAAUAUUGUUUUACUUGCAUAUAUGCACAACACAGCUACAUAUCACAAUGUGUGUAUCAUUUUUAUUUUCCCACUUUUGCACCUUUGAAACAAGAAAACUUCAGAAUUUUCACAACUUCUCAUCUUAAGCAAUGUGGGGUUUUUUUAAACUUGGUUCUCUUAAGAACAUUGAAAAGCCAAAUUAGGUCAUUUAAAAGUUUACACUCACAUGUAUCUGUUUCAUGUUUUUUAAGCAGCUUAACAUAAAAAAUGAAAACAUUUGGGACUUUUUGACUAAAAUAUGCAGAAAUCAAGUUUCACCUGCAAAGAUAUGCUCUGUCCUACUCUUUCCAAGAAUUUGUAGUGACAUGUUGUAUCCUGCAUGUUGUUUUCUUGGCUUUGGCAAGCUUCUUCAACUUGUAAAACUGUAUUAAGCUAUUACCUGAAGUCUGGCUGUAAUACUAAUACAUUCAGGUUUCCAAGUAUCUUGUUUUGUGAGUUUCGUUCGUGACUCCCGAAUGUGGUCACAGCGGAAACAGGAUAUGAAAGGACUGCAAGAGCCUGCUGGAGAAUGCUGGGUGAAGAGGAAGAAGGGAAGAAAGUUUAUUGUAACAGAUGUUAUGGCAAGAUAAAACUAAUAAGAUACCCAGUAAACUAUAAAACAAACUUUAUAUCCAUGUAAAAGAUAAUAAACCUUGAUUGAACCCACA